CUCCCAGUUCUAGCUUCCUCCAGAAGCAGGCACUCCUGGUGAACAUCUGCACUCAGUCCCAAGGACUUAGAAGACGCAGUGCUCUGUCCUCGCACAUGGGGUCACUUUCUUAUGGAGCUUGUAUGUCUAUACCUUUUUAAAAAGAACUUUUUUCACAAGAUUUUCUGGAUUUCACCUACACCUCCAUCUAUGCAAAGAAGGAAAAUCUCUUGCUGGCCUUGUGAGGAGCUUCCUGUCUUAAGAGGAUCCUUGCACAUUGGUUAUGCUUAAGGAAAAAUGAUGGAGAUAAGCAUGAGAUCUCCGUCGCACAGCUGCAUGUGUAGGCACAGUUGAAGCAGUUGCCCGCCUGAUUGGUUGACAGUAUUGAUGUGUAUUAAACAAAAAACAAUUUAAAGACAGGCAACAUCUGUAUUUAUGAGUUUGCAAAUAAGCCUAGUCAGAGUGUACUGAUGGAGCCUUCUGGCAAUGAACAGUUAUAUGAUGACCCAGAUCCUGGAGGCAAACCCCAAGAUCCAGAGGCCAGAAAGCCUCCUGAAGCAGAGCAGAAAUUGUCUAAAAUGACCCACAAUGCUUUGGAGAACAUUAAUGUGAUCGGCCAAGGCUUGAAGCACCUCUUCCAGCACCAGCGCAGGAGGUCUUCAGUGUCUCCUCAGGAUGUGCAGCAAGUCCAGGCUGAUGCGGAGCCUGAGAUGGAUCUGGAAAGCCAGAGCUCCUGUGUUGAUAUUGAUGGUGUCUCCACCCACCCCACAGCUUUGAAUCGAGUACUGCAGCAGAUCCGAGUGCCCCCUAAGAUGAAGAGAGGCACGAGCUUGCACAGCAGGCGGGGCAAGCCAGAUGCCCCAAAGGGCAGCCCUCAGAUCAACCGGAAAUCUGGCCAAGACAUCGCAGUGGUGGUGCAGUCCGGCCGGCCUCGGUCCUCUUCUACUACUGAUUCUCCCACCAGCUCGGCUGCAGUGGACAUAGCGUGUGCUGCGUAUCUUCCUGGGGAGGAGACAACUGCAGAGCGGAUCGAUCGUUUGGAAGUAAGCAGCCUCGCUCAGACUUCCAGCGCGGUGACCUCUAGCACUGACGGCAGCAUCAACACUGACUCCGUGGAUGGGACACCAGACCCACAGCGCACCAAAGCAGCUAUCACCCACCUGCAGCAGAAGAUCCUAAAACUCACAGAGCAGAUCAAAAUCGAGCAGACAGCCCGAGACGACAACGUCGCAGAGUACUUGAAGCUUGCCAACAACGCAGACAAACAGCAGACUGCCCGCAUUAAGCAGGUAUUUGAGAAGAAGAACCAGAAAUCAGCCCAAACUAUCCUGCAGCUGCAGAAGAAGCUAGAACACUAUCAUCGGAAGCUCCGGGAGGUCGAGCAGAAUGGGAUCCCCCGGCAGCCCAAGGAUGUCUUCAGGGAUAUGCACCAGGGGCUGAAGGAUGUAGGGGCAAAAGUGACUGGCUUCAGCGAGGGGGUAGUGGACAGUGUCAAAGGUGGACUUUCCAGUUUCUCCCAGGCCACCCAUUCAGCUGCAGGAGCUGUCGUCUCAAAACCUCGAGAGAUCGCCUCCUUAAUUCGGAACAAGUUUGGCAGUGCAGACAACAUCUCUAAUCUAAAAGACUCAUUAGAGGAAGGGCAGAUAGAGGAUGGGCCUGGGGGGAAGUCUCUGGGAGUGAUUGCCAACUUUCAGUCGAGUCCAAAGUAUGGUAGUGAGGAGGACUGUUCCAGUGCUACCUCGGGCUCGGUGGGAGCCAACAGUACCACUGGGGGAGGCCCUGUGGGAGCAUCAAGCUCCAAAACAAACACUCUGGAGAUGCAGAGCUCAGGGUUUGAUGCAAUACUUCAUGAGAUCCAGGAAAUCCGAGAGACUCAGGCCAGGCUAGAGGAAUCCUUUGAAAACCUCAAGGAACAUUAUCAGAGGGACUAUUCCUUAAUAAUGCAAGCCUUACAGGAGGAGCGAUACAGAUGUGAGCGAUUAGAGGAGCAGCUAAAUGACCUAACUGAACUCCAUCAGAAUGAGAUCUUGAACUUAAAGCAGGAAUUGGCCAGCAUGGAGGAGAAAAUCGCCUAUCAGUCCUAUGAGAGGGCUCGGGACAUCCAGGAAGCGCUGGAGGCUUGCCAGACCCGGAUCUCCAAGAUGGAAUUGCAACAGCAGCAGCAGCAGGUGGUGCAGUUGGAAGGGCUGGAGAAUGCUACUGCACGGAACCUCCUGGGCAAGCUCAUCAACAUCCUCCUGGCCGUGAUGGCCGUUCUCCUGGUCUUCGUCUCCACGGUGGCCAACUGUGUGGUCCCUCUCAUGAAGACACGCAGCAGGACGUUCAGCACUUUAUUCCUUGUGGUUUUCAUUGCCUUUCUCUGGAAGCACUGGGACGCCAUCUUUGGCUAUGUGGAACGGUUCUUUUCAUCCCCAAGAUGAUGACACAGAGGCAGCUGCUCCCCAAACCCCUGGCGCGUGCAUGCAGCAGAGAUUUAGACAGCAACUUAACUACUCUGAAGUUUUAAACAACAAGAAAGAGUCGAGUGAAUCUGUUUACAUUUAGAAUAACGUUUUUUCUCUGAGAGACGCGAUUGCAAUAGUAUUUUUUAGAUUUUAUCCAAGAAGUUUUUUGGGCAAAAAUCCUGGAUCAUUUUUAUGUAGCAUGGUUCUCCUGGGAUGCAAAUCUUAAAAAGAUCCUUUAACAUGAACCAACACAAUCUGGAGCACAGUGAUGGGCAUUCUAAAUUCUGGCUUGAACUACUGCACUAAAACCCAUUAGAAAGAUGAGUCAAUUAAACCAGUUAGGCCUAGCAACCUGCCUUGUCUGGGAGCAUCCCAGACCCCUACUUCCCCAGGCUAACCUUUACUGUGAAAUCCUAGCACAUUCCAUGUCUGAAUUCACGGAUUCAGGGUGGAUUUUCCUUAGCUGCGGAAAACACAUGGAAGAACACAUGGAUCUGCCCAACAGCUUCCACACUCAAGUCAGCCAGUCAUGCUAAUCUGGAAGUCUGGUCAUUUUUAUAUCUGGGCCCUCUUACCCUUUGGCAAGGAUACAAAGUGUCAUGCCCUACAGGAUUACUGCACAGUCCUACUACAGUAUUUUGAAGUAGCCCUCUAAAUACUUAAUCUUAAGCAAAAGCCCUUGGCCGCACUUUUAAGGUUUUUUUUUAUAUGUGUAUAGUCACAGAUUUAAAAAAUAAAAAAAUCCGAACAGCAUACUUGAAGAAUGUAAUACUCAAACUCUCAGUGCUUCCUUAUGGUUUCUAAUAGGAUUUUUUAUUAUUGUUAUUAUUAUUAUUAUUAUUAUAAUUAUUGGGUUUUUUUUGGAAGGGGCUGGGAGGGUGUUUUUUUUUCUUGAAAUAAAGAAGUGAUGUUUUUAAAUGAAGAAAUGUGUGGAUAAUUAAAUGUGCUCUGUCUUGUCUCUAAAUAAUUUGAGGAAAGUGAGACCUUGCAAAUGCCGCCCUCUGUUGCCUCGUGCUUAGAGUUGCAAUAUCUUAAAAAUACCAUCUUUUUCUUUUCCCCCCUCAAUGGACUUGGUUUGGUUGGGGAGUGAUGGUGGCUCUGUGAGUCUCAAACCAGCCUUAUAGGAGUGGGGAUUUUUUCCCUUAAAAUUUACUUCAUUUCCUAAACUGGACUGGGGCAUUCUUUAGGAAAGCCUAAAGGAGACUUUGUCAAGAAAUAGAGUCAGCCCUAAAUCAUUUUUUAUUUUUUUUUAUUUAUAAAACAAAGCGUCCCCAGUAACUGAAGCCAAAGUUGUCCUUUCCAGCUGACAGUAGGAAAAUCAUUUGUCCUCUCAUCGGCUCUGUGGUCCUGGGAGCCUUCUUUUCAAAGCUUUAUUCUGACUGCCUCACUACGGCAACUGAAGAUGGUUCCCUUGAAUGAGAACAAGAAAAUAUGUCAGGUGAUGAAGGUUGUUCCUAAGGCAUGUGUGUGAAUUUUUGUCAGUGACCUGUGGUCCCACACUGGCUUUCUUAACAGAAAUAUUCUCAAUCUGGGUUCUACAGUUUGGGUUGUUUUUUUUCCUUUGAAUAUGAAUUCCAUAGUGUGGAGAGAUGUUGAGCCAGCCCCUCUCUUUUCUGUAACUAACACCCUCAUCCUGUUGGAAUGCAUGCUUCUGACUUUCCACAAAGGGCACAGAGUUUCUGCACCAUUCCCAGUAUUGAACUGUACCUGCUGUUCUCCUGGCUCCAAUUCUGUACAACCAAAUGAUAGAAUGCUGUGCACCAAGGAGAGUAGGAAGCCAGGCUUUCCUUAUCUUCUUCAUCGCAAGAAAUUAUUCCCGAGCAAGAUUAGCAUUACCCCUUCUGCUAGGAAGGCAGGGUGUAUGGUUCCCGUGGCUGCCCCAGCCUUGCUUAGCUUUGACCAGCUAGUCCUCCCAGCCCUGUUAACCCCUGUGUGCCUCUUCCAAGAGAUUCAGCGUAUCACCUCUAUAAUCACAAAACUCAGGUACUCCUGCCCUUCCCCUGCCUCUCCCCAACUGGCAGUUUGCCAGCCACUUCUGUGGCCCUCAUUAACUUGUUCCUCCCUCUCCCUUCCCCCAAACUAGGAGAAGCUGCAAUGAUUCAUUUUUUUUAAGAAAGAGAAGAAGGAGAUGUAUCCCAUCCAAGUUUAUACUGAAAUGAAAUCAUUCCUGUUUUCCACUGCAUUACAGAUGAAGUCUGAAUACUUGGAAGCCUUGUUCUGCCUAAAAACAUAAUUAUUGCUAAAGAAAAAAAAAACAAAAAAACUGGAGUGCCGUAGAAUGUAAUGCCCUUAUGUAGCUGAAAUAGUUUCCUCCACUGUUGCACAUUUCUCCAUGAUCCAUUUUAAUAGGUUUUGUAAAAACAGGGAAGAGACCUCUAAGAUACAAACACACGCUACAAACAUUGUCUUUCUUAAGCCCAAUCUCUUUGACACUCUAAGCCAGAACGUCUCUUUAAGUUGUGUGGAAACUAUUAACUGUAGCGCACACUGGACACUCUUGGGAGGGGCCUCUGAGUCCCCGAGGGUUCCUACCCAUUCACCUCAGGUCAGUGUUCUGCACAGGAAGGCCGUGCGCUCUGUUCUCUAUCCUCUUCUCCACUCUGAACUUGGCCCUUACCAAAACCAUUGGUCAUUAAACCCAGAGCCCCAGGCCAGGCAGGGUUAGAUGGUUCUCCACCUUUCUCUUUCCAACAGAAAAGAAGGUCGUUGUAGUUAAGAAAAUGAUGUCCUCCUUGCCAGCUGAUCCUUUUUCCCUUCCCAGAUGUUGUCAGUAUUUGUAUACCUACACACCUGUCAUCACUUUUCCCCCUUUCCUAACCCCACUGCUUUUUCUUCUGGCUGUUCCCAGAUUUUCCCCUUCAUUGGAAUCUCUUCUGUCACCUCAUCCUAAUGGUUUAACAAUUGUUAUAUUGUUGGAAACUUGACUCUAGCUACUUUCCUUGUAAAGGCUAUGUUCAUUCUCUUUGAAGGAAGAACAUUCCUAGAUGACUUGUAUGAGUCGGUGCCUACCCUGGAAUGUGUGUGACUGCGGAGGCAAAUGUAUGGUUGUGUUGAUCUGGAUGUACUGAGUAGUGGGGGAGGGGUUCUCUGUCUGGAGAGGGUGACAGCGUUCAGGUUGUAGAAUGAUUCCUGACAUUUCGCAUUGCUUGUGUUAAAUCGAAGAAAAUUCUUUCUGAUCGGACCUAAGUUGGUGUGUGUUCAGCACCUUCUAGCAAUCCAUAACCUCCAAAAGGGUGAGGUCAGAUAAGCCACACCUCCAUUUUGGGGGAUUAGGGUGCCUUCCUUCUCACCCCAUACCCCAAAUUGAGAGACAAUCAGAAGUUCAAGAAGACAAUUUGGAUGCGUCUUCUCAUUUAUGUCGAACACAGUUCCAUCAAGGUUGUCCUCUCUGUGUUUUGGUUUUCUUGCCCGUCUUGUGUGUCUGUAGGGUACAAUUUGAUGAAAUGCUGAAUUCUGUUUGUUGUUGCACUGGGUCCUAAAAGGAGCUGCCUCCCAGUUUGGAAAAAAAUAUGCAUUAAAUAACCAAAUCAAACAUUGUCGUGAUGAAACAAGCCGAGGUCGGUAGAGCUGUGGUUGCCCCUUCUCCCUAAUGGAACUGGGAUUUCUGAAUGUGGCUCUAGGGAGUUAAAAAUGUGUCUGUGUGUUGUGUAUGCCGGGUGGUACCGUAAUAGGCAUUGAUUGACUAGGCUGUAAGUGUGUUUUUUCAAAUUGUAAAAGAAUAAAAACUCACUUGCAUGGGUUGAAAAGUUCAGAAAUGACACUUGUGAACAUAACACUGUAGUUGCUAGAUCUUAAGCUGCUAAUUGUUGAGAGAGAUUUACAUUUAUGUUUUGUCUGAUUGCUGCAGGUUUCUUGGCAGCACUUUUACUGUAUAUAAAAAUUUAAAUAAAGACCUCAACUAUUAACUUGA